UAACUAUUCCUUGGUCUACUUUUUAGAUGUGGUUUUUUUGGAAGGUGUAGUGUAGCUCAAGUUCAAGUAGCUGUAAUGAAAAAUACCAUUCUAGCAAGCAGUGCGGGGACAGGAUUUAUAAACUACAAACAAAAUUUCCAGUUGAACUCAAAUGUUUGUUUGUAAAUGGCAUCCUUAGCAGAGCUUCUUAAAAUGUGGCUUUUAGCAUUGUUCUAUGGUGUGCUAGUUGUUUUUCGGACCUUAAUAAGCUGUUUUACCAAGGGCUUCAGAAAGGUACUUUCAUCAAAACACAGAGAAAGGCCAUCAUGCAUAGAUGAUCCAAGUCUGGGAACCCAUGGCUUCUUAAACUUAAAGGAGGGUAUUAGAAUACAUUAUGUAGCCAGUGGACCAGAAGAUAAGCCCCUUAUGCUGUUUGUGCAUGGAUUUCCUGAGUUUUGGUAUUCCUGGAGACAUCAGAUCAGAGAAUUUCAAAAAGAUUACAGAGUAGUGGCUAUAGACCAGAGAGGCUACAGUGAGUCCAGUAAACCUUCAGGACUAGACAACUACACUGUAGAAAAGUUGAUGUCAGAUCUAGCACAAUGCAUUCAGGGGCUAGGUUACAAAAAAUGCAUUUUGGUUGGACAUGAUUGGGGUGGAAUUGUAACUUGGGCAUUUGGAAGGAAAUAUCAGGACAUGGUGGAAAAACUGAUUGUCAUGAAUUGCCCACCCAUACCAGUAUUCCAGACUAUAUUAAAGACAUGUAAUGAGCAGUUCAAGAAAUCAUGGUACAUGUAUUUUUUCCAACUUCCUUUGCUGCCAGAAUUUACUCUCAGCACAAAUGACUAUGCAAUAUUUAAUACAAUACCAGUAGUUUCAAAGUCAUCAAAAUCUGAGUCACCACUGCAAGAUGGACAAGAAAAUGAACAUCUCGCAGCUUACAAAUAUACCUUUUCACAGCCAGGAGCUUUGACACCACCUCUCAAUUACUACAGAGCUUGGUUCAGAGCCAAGCCUUCUUUUCAGCAUGACUUGGAAUACACCAUGCCCGCUCUUCUUAUAUGGGGAACAAAAGACAAGGCCUUAGACAUUGCACUGCCUAACUACGUGGAAAAAAAUGCGCCUAAAAUUGAGGUACAAAAAAUUGAAGAUGCUGAUCACUUUGUGCAGAAUGAUGCAGCUGCUGCUGUCAAUCAGAUCAUGAGAGAUUGGCUGAAAAAGAUGUAGUCUGUUAUUAUAUAUAUGCAUAUUAUGCUGCCAUUUAUAAAUGUAAAUCUUUUUCACCAGUACUAAAGAAAUUAUCAUUCUUAUUCCUUAUUAUCAUUCAGCAAAAUGUGGUAAUAUUUUGUAACGCAACAUUUCUUGGAUUAAUUUUGUUGCCUGGUGGCAUAUAUUGAUCAUACUGUUCUACCUGUGUAAAAAUAUGCACAGUACUUGAAUUUAGUUUUUCCAUUUGAUCAACAUCCGAUCAAGAAUUUUCUCUUAAAUAUUCAAAAGCAAGAAAGGUAAAUUUAUGUUAAUUACUAUUUCAUCUGUAUCAGAUUAUCAGCUUUUAAAAAAAAAACUUGUGAUAGAUUUUUGUUAACUACCUUUUUGGUCAGUAAUAAAAUGUGUUUAGCUUUAUUGUUUAAGCUUUUCAUUCACUGGAAUAUUUGUCAUUCCUUCUUCAUUUACUUAGUUUUUAUUUUUAACUACUGAUUAUUUUUAUCUCCAACCAGCUUGAGUGGUUUUCCAAAGAAUUUUGUCCAAUUUAAUUUUACUCUUUAUAUCUGUAAAUUGUUUCUUAAUCAGUUUUAAAUUGAAUGUCUUUUAUAUAAAAACAUGGGACUGUAAUUGCAAACAGUGCAAGCCUGUAGAACUACAUCCAGUAUGCCUAUUUGGCAAAACCAAAAGCAGCUGGACAUUGUGCUGAUCACACAAACCCUUCAUACGCGUAUACCUUAAAUAAUAAAUUCUACAUUAUCUACCUUAUUGUUUGAGAUUUAAAUUGCACCCCUUUACAAUAUGCUGAUGUUUAAUUUCAGCUUUUUGGUUUCUAAUUUUGCUUUGUUUGUACUUUGUAGCUCAGCUGUUAUUUAACUACAAAUCUUGAUCAGAAAAUAAAUAUUAACACUGA